GGAGGCAGGGAGGCAGGCAGGGAGCAUGGCGGAGGCGGAGGCGGGAGGGGGGGACGGCGGUGCGGGCGGCCCGCCCGGCCCCUGCCCCGGCGCGGACAGCGGGAACGUCUCGCAGAGCCACAGCAGCGCCUCAGGCCUGGGAGAGCCGGAGGACGAGGACGCCUCGGAGGCGUCGCUCAGCGCCAUCGCCGCCGCCUGCUCCGCCUACCUGCUCGCCGACCGCAGCCUCUUCAGCGACCAGAUAGAAAGCUUAGACAAGACUCUAGAAGAUUUGCUGACCAGAGUGGAUGAGUUUGUGGGAAUGCUGGACAUGAUUCGAAGUGAUUCCUCUCAGGUUGUCAAUGAAAGUCUACCUCAGAUUUACUCAAAAGCUACAGAAAUGAGACAGAUAUACAGGAAGAUUGACAAACUAGAGGCUUUUGUGAAGAUGGUUGGAAACAGUGUAGCUGAACUUGAAGAACGGGUCAUAAAGGCAGAAACAGACUUUGGAGCUUUUCCGAGCACAUUCAAGAAAAUCUUGCACACAAUAAGCAUGCCAUCCUUCCUUAAUAAACCAUCUUCUUCACGACAACAGACCCCCUAUGAACCUCCAGUCCUCUUCAAGACUGAAGACUAUUUCCCAUGUCUUAAUGAAGCACCUUAUUGAUGAUUUUUUGCUUUGGGAUUGAUUUGAAUCAGCCAGAACAGAGACAGCCAAGUGAACAAAAGAAAUGCUAACCUCAAGCCAGCGGCGUUUCUGAGCAUUAUUGAUGGCAUAUUGCCAUUCUGAUUCUUAUUGUCUUCCUUCAGGCAGUAUUUUCAGGUAAUCUUUGUUUGUGUACCUUAUUUCUAAAGUCUUCCUAAAACACAGUAUAAGUUUUCAGAUUAUGCUGGGAAAGGAACUUAAGAACUCUUUUGCAUUAGGCUUUUUUUUUUUUUUUAAUAGGGAAAUAAUGGGAGACAUACUUUUAUAUCAAAAAUCUUUUUAACACACACAUAUCUAUGCUGCUGCAACUGUAAAUAGCCAUACCACAAAACGUCUUUUGUUCUUGUUUUUUUUUCUAAUGUACUGAUUGAGGUGAAAGAAAAGCUAUGCAUAAAAUAAUCUACUCUGUGUUUUGGAA